AUGUUCCAAUUUAGACUCUUUAGAGGAAUAUGGGGUGAAACAACCCCGCCUCCCCGCCUACCGCGUUUCCCUGCCGCUCCGCGCUUCCUCUCGCUCUCCCCCCUUCUCCUCGUCAUGAUAUGCGCCGUGUUCCGCGGCGAGAUUUGCGCUGCGUCUCGCUCUCGAGUUCAAGGACUGGAACUCAGCUGCCGCCACUGGCGCUUCGCGGACGCGCUUGUAACAAGUUCCGUCGCGCGCGGGAAAGCGCUGCCAAUCCGCGCGGAGGACGCGCGGGCGGAGAGACUUGCGGGGACCGCGGAGAAGGAUCCGCGCGGGGAUGCGGAGGCGGGCACGCGGGGAGCGCUGCGGAGAGAGAUGUUCCCGCCAGGAUUCCUGUUUGGCACCGCCACUGCCGCCUACCAGGUGGAGGGGGGAGCGUGGGAAGGAGGGCGAGGAGCCAGCAUCUGGGACGUGUUCGCCCACACACCAGGAAGGACACACAACGGGGACACAGGUGACGUGGCGUGCGAUCAAUACCACCGAUACGAGGAGGACGUGGCACUGAUGAGGCAAGUGGGCUUCUCAGCCUACCGCUUCUCCAUCAGCUGGUCGCGCAUCCUCCCUUCGGGGCGGCAGCCAGUGAACGAGGAGGGCAUAGAUUACUACAACCGCCUCAUCGAUUGCUUGCUCCGUAAUGGCAUCACGCCGUGUGUGACGCUCUUUCACUGGGACCUGCCACAGGCGCUGGAGGAGGAGUUUGGCGGAUUCAGAGGGGAGGCCAUUGUUGCUGCGUUCCGGGACUUCGCCUCGCUCUGCUUCUCCUUGUUUGGAGACAGGGUCUCUCACUGGCUAACCUUCAACGAGCCCUACACCUUCGCCACCAAGGGCUAUGCUGUGGGGGACUUUGCCCCCGGGCGCUGCUCCGACCGGCAGUGCUGUGCGGAGGGCGAUGGGGCGGUGGAGCCGUAUGUGGUGGUUCACCACAUGCUGCUGGCGCACGCUGCUGCUGUGGACUGCUACAGGAGGGAAUUUCAGCCCCAUCAAGGGGGCCAAAUUGGCAUCGCCGUGGACAGUGAGUGGGCGGAACCCUUCUCGCAACACCCUGAUGACGUGGCAGCGGCUGAUAGGCGCAUGCAAUUUAACCUCGGAUGGCUGCUGCACCCCAUAUUCUUUGGCGCCUACCCACCUGCCAUGCGUCACUAUGUGGGUCCUCGCCUGCCCUCCUUCUCCCCCUUACAAGCUGCCUCGCUUAAAGGCAGCGUGGACUUUGUGGGGCUCAACCACUACACGUCCAGAUACAUUGCACAUGCAGAUGCAGGAGAUGGGGGCGAGAAAGGCAGGCUGUGGAGCUACUUUGAUGAUCAGCAUGUUGCUGUUCUUGUGCUGCCCACCUGUCACUCGCCCACACCUCCCAUCCUGCACCCGUGUCCCAUCUCUCUGCUGCUUUCCUUCCUCAACGCGCUUCACCAGCUACACAUGGCUUCACCAGCUACACAUGGCUUCACGCCAUGUGCACCCGCCUGUUCGCCCCUCUAUCCCGAUCAGUGCACGCACGCCAACCUAUCACCUGCAGGCGGCAUCACCAUGGUCGUACGAGUUGAGGUGCCUGAGAGCACUCCACAACCUGCUCACCCCCUUUCUCCCCCCUUCCCUCUCCCCAUGCACACCUACCAACCUGCGUCACGCCAGGCUGCAUCCCCCUGGCUGUACGAGGUGCCGUGGGGCUUUCAAAAGCUGCUCAUGCACAUCACCGCCACGUAUGGGGCACCACCCAUCUACAUCACAGAGAAUGGUCUAGAUGAGGAGGACGACCCAUCGCUGCCUCUCCACGUGGCCACGAGUGACCAGCACCGCAUUUGCUACUAUCACGCGUACAUCUCGCACCUUCUCAACGCAAUAGGGCAAGGGGCGGAUGUGAGGGGGUACAUGGCAUGGUCGUGGAUGGACAACUUCGAGUGGCAGAUGGGGUACUCACGCCGCUUCGGCCUCGUGCAUGUGGACCGCAACACCCAUAUACUGAAGAGAACACCCAAGGCGUCUGCUCUUUGGUGGCAGAGGCUUCUAUCGGGGAUGGCUGUGUAUCAGCCAUGA